GGGAAGGCUCGGACCCGCCUGUAUAAAUGCGCACGGCCCCAGUCCUCGGCACGGCACGAAGCAACGCAAGCGAAGUAAGCAAAAGCAAGGGCGUGAACCACAACCACUUCGCGAAAGAAAAAAAAGGAAAGCUUGGAACACACAGCAGCAAUGGAAGGGCUGAUCCCGUUCGUGAUCGACGCGUUCAGGAGGAGCCAGGAGCGGAGCGGGUACCGCUCCGUCUCGUCGGACGGCGGCAGCUCCCGCGGCGGGGGCAGCAGGCGGCACCUCAUCGACUACUCGGAGCUGCCCGACAGCGCCGCCGCGGCGAGCGUCGUCGACAUGGCGUCCGGCACUCUGCACCGCCGCGCGCGGUCGGACUACGUGGAGACGACGGCCGUGCGUCGCAGCGAGGAGCACGGCAGGCCGGCAGCCGUGAUCGCAGGGUCAGCCUAUCGUCGGAAAUGAGGGACGGUGGCAAGGGCUGUGCGCGUGCUUGCUUCCUCUGAACUCUGGAGGACGCGAGCAUCAGCGAUUCAGCUUGUUAGGGGGAGUAGUUAACUGCAAUUCGUUAUGUUUAAUUCGUACUUAGCCAUGCAUUAAUGUAAUAAUCAAAGAAAGCUCAGCUUGUGAGCGUAACAAGGCGCUCACGGCUCGCAUUCUCGCAAGCUCAAAGUCAAGUCUCUCUUUGUGUUGCUGUUUCCGAAGGAAAAAAGAAAUGUGUAUAUAUGUCGCCGAUCUUUUUGACUU